AUGGCUCUCCAACAAAAGUCCCAGUCCCAACGCUGCAACAACAUCCACAAUACAAACUCCAGACCUACCGAACGGUCGAAUAUCCCCUGUAACACUCCGUUUAACCCCCUAUCCCUAUACACGCCACCGCGCCAACGCUCUCCUCAAAGUGCCCUGCAAACCCUCUUCAUCCACUACGAAAGAGUCACAUGCCUAGCCAACGAGCUCCUGGCCGUCAUGCAAGAAACCUACUACCGCGUCGUACCUGAGCCCUUCAAUAUGCAGAUGCUAGCCAAGAUUGAAGAAUACAGACCACAACUAUUGAUGGCUACAGAGCGUUUCAAACAGUUUGCAAGAGUGUAUCGUAGUGGAGUUCGCUCAGAAGGGGAGUAUGGAAGACAAAUGGAGUGGGAGGUGGACGCACUGGAAGGGUUGGUCAGGGAUGCUCAGGAGGCUUUAGUGGGUGGUAGGAAAGUGCAAUAA